UUGUGCACCGUCGACAAUUCGUCUCGAUCGGUUUUAUUUUUUUCUUUUAAUAUUUCUCAUUUUUCUCUGAAAUUUCCCACAAUAUUCCAUCAAACCUGCACUUUCUUACGCAAGACAAAUCGUUCGAACCAUUGAAGAAAACUGCGGCUAAACAUAUCAUUCGAUGUUGGCCGAACGAAAUACGAUAAUCUCGGGCAAUCAUAUGACUCCUCUGCACGUGACUUUAUUUACAGUUGACUGAUACUCGCGAACAUGUAUGGUGCAGUUCCUUGUGACAUGAUAGACCGAAAACGAAACAAAGUUAGCGGGCAAUGCGGUAACUAUAUGCGGUCUUUAAUUUAUGAUGCCUUUGCUCGAUAAAUUGUUUCCUUCGAGGAGGAGUUUCAAGAAUAACGUUCAAACCUUCGUAUCGUCGAACGUUGUAGCAGAGGAAGAUGAUAGGAACUCCGCCUUGUGCCUUGGAACAGGUCAAGUUCGGAUCUUGUUGUUCCGAGAAUGCGAGUGGCGCGGAAGAAAGCUUCUCUUUGAUUCCCUCUCGUUGGAAAAACGGUGGCGCAAGAACAAAGCAGCCGCAUUUGAUCUCAAAAACAAUACCGAGCCGACAAACAACGAUUCGAUAAACUUCGCGGGCAGUCGUAGUUUCGAGCGAGAAAGGACAGCAGAGGACGAUGUAAGUUUAUUAAGCGAAAUGGUGUUUGGUACUGUGGCGAUGACGUACAGAGGGUCUUCAUUCAAGAUACAUUCGAUGAAUUCGCCACCCUGUAUUAUGUGCACCAAAGUUUUUCCUGCCACGGAGCAUAAUACGUGUAAACAGAGCGAGAGAGUCUCGGACGAAGGGUUGGGUUGUUCCGUGAACCUCGAUUCUAAUUCCAGCAUGCGAACUCUCUUGUCUCGGCCAAGUUCCGGGAAUUUGUCAGGGUCCGAAUUGAACGUUGGUCCAAGAAAAAAUUCCACUUGCUCUAGUACCGGCAGUGGGUGGGACAUAGAUAUACCGCUACCGAUGGGCAGUUCGCAAUCAUUGGAAAGCAAUGGAUCAUCAGGUAUCGGUAGCCUUUCGAGCUUACGCCGAAGGUGGCUACGUGUAGUAUCUACGUCACUUGCACGAUCGGAUUCGGACGAUGCUUUUGGGCUGCAAUACUGGAGCGAAAAUGGAAAUGAUAAUAAAGACAGUCUCGUCAAGCGUCAUAAAACAAGACUUGGGUUAACAAUGCUAGUGCAACUGGCGAAAGGCCACGAAAGACGAAUCGAAGCUUGUCUUUUGGAGCAUAUGGCUCUACUGGAAGGAAUGCUAGACCGUUUACGAUAUUUUUGCAUCGAAGCGGGUAACGUGAGCGCCCAGAACAAAGGAAUGCAGCUCUCCGAACGGCUGUACAGAUCUUCCUCCCCAUUUAUUAUCUCAUUGCUUCGAUUACUUACGAAUGUUAAUACGAGGCUGAAUUUGCGGACGCCUUUACUGUGGCAUGAUGUACUACUUAAUUCAGUGAGAAUAGAGCACAAAAUGAAUACAUUGCACUAUAGCUUGCAACAAAUGUGUCAGUUACUCGAAAACAUCGAUACAAAAUCAACCAAUUUUUUUUUAAGUACUGUUGUAACUGCUGUUUUAACAUAUCACCUUGGCUGGAUAUACACUACACUGCCUGUUCAUGAUCGGCAAUUGAUGGAGAAAUUAGGUUCCUGGUAUCCCUGUAAUCCUCUGUGGGCUCAACUGGGUGAUUUGUACGGUGCAUUGGGUAAUCCAAUUAGAGUAGCACAUACUGUUGUCGCAGGAGAUCCUCAAAAAGUCGAUUUAAUUAACUCCGUAUUAUCCUUCUUGUCAUACUUUAUUCGCAGUGGGAUUGUACAAAAACGUUAUGAAUAUUGUUGCGUUACCGAAGAAGAUAUUCACAAAGCUGCGAGCCUCAUUGAACAAGCGAGAAUAAAGCGUCCGCAUUUAUUCAAUACGAAAGUAACAUGCAACGAUCGAGACACUUUGACGUCUCGACGCACAUCGCGAACAUUUGCUCGCAAACAAAUUCCAGUACAAGAGCAUCCAUAUGACGUAGAAAGAGGUAAUAGUUUCUUGCAACGUUCCUACCCUCAGUACACCGUUGACGAGUUAAGAGCAGAAGGAUCUGUUAGCCUACUUAAGCGUACUACUACAAUGGAGUCGAAUCUUGAUUCGUUCACGCUGAAACCGUUAGUAUUCGAAAGAGAUACGAAAUUAGUCCCGAAAGAAUUUCCUUGUACCAACGACGAAAAUGAAAAAACAACAAACGAUGAGAAGACCUGUGCAUCCAGCAAAGUUAAAAUAAUAGUUAGUGAUAUUGCAUCGCAGGAUAUUGAUGUGGCCAAGACUGAUACGCAACAUUAUUCUGAAUUUCCAUUGCGGAAUUUCGAAAAGAAGUUAGAGGAUGACGAAACCGAAGAGAUGUUCAUGAAUACUAAAAUGAACACGUUCGAAGGAUACGACACAUCAAUCGACACGCUAAAAUUAUAUUCUAGUAGGCCAGAUUUUGACACUGGUCAGAGCAUGGCUAACGAAAGAAAAAAUUCACAUGUUUUUUUCAUGCUCGGCGAAGAAGAAAAAUCUACUAAAUCGAUACCACGACCGCGACUUGGUCAUAGUUGUCAAUGUUCAUAUAUGUUUACAAGAGUGCCAAGUACAUCCUCGCAAUUGCCAGAAGGUGUACUGAGAAAGAUUAUUCAAAGAAACUUCCCGGAGUCCUCUAAGAGUAUACAGUCACCGCCAGGCACACCUUCAAGCAUGACAGCAGGGUCUUUAGGAUUUUGUCAGAGGUGCAAUGGUCAAGGCUAUGUACCUCCGCAGAAUUACGACAAUUGCAAACAAGUAUUGGAAACACCGACAAACGCAACUGAAGUUCUGCGUACUUGCGGUAGUACUGUCGGUGAUGGAAACGUUGGACUGUCUAGAUCAAAUAGCUUAGAAGCUUUGAUGGAAGCGAGUAGCGUUGUAGAAUUACCCAUGCCACGAUCGAAAAAGAUGAAGAAGACUGAUUCGCACCAAAAUACAGGAUUUACAAAAACACUUUUACAAAACAGUAUAAAACGUGAAGAUUCGCAUGCAAUAAAUAACACUGAAACUGGUUAUACAUGGGGUUUAGUCUUACAGGGUUUGCCAAAAAAGAAGAGAAAACGGAAAAAGAGAAUUGUUAGACAAGGAGAUAAUAAAGAUAACUGUGAAGUUGAAAUUGAAAGAGAAUGGUGGUAUUGCAUACGCGAAGAAUGUCUUGCCAGUGUACGAUAUCCAACUGUUGAUCAACCAAUUGCUGAAUCACUUUGUAUUUUAGCAGAUUUAGAUACUUGGCACGUUGGAAUAAUAUCAAACAAUACACCUUCGCAUGCUGCACCCUUACCAGUGGGAAUGUCAAGACUUGUUUCCAAUAUGCUGGAAAGCUUUGUUUACUUAUGGCGAAAAUACCAUUCAGCGUCACAUUGUGUAGGUAUUCUUGAAGCAAAACUAAGGGAAAUGUGGCUGAAAAGCGAGGCACUGGCUGAAAUGUUGAUGGUAACAGAGUUGUGUGAUGCCAGUGUUGCAAAUCUCACACAUGCUCUCGAUCUUGAUGCAGCAGAUAUACCACUUUUACUCGCAGUCGCAACUUCACACUCGCCAGAAAUAGCGCAGAGAUUUGGUCUGACGCUUACUUGAGUACAUCAUACUUUUAUCACAAUUUUUACACACUGACACGAAGUCCGUUUUGUUCGAUAGAGAACGAAAACUACAAAAGAUGUUUCUAUACUCGUUCAUAGGUAUGAUUGUAGAUAGCUUUAAUAGCUCAACUAACUAUCCCAAUAAAUUUUUAUCCGUCUUUCGAACGAGGAUAAUAAAUUAGUGCUUCUUAAAAGAUUUCUCUCCUUGAUUAUUAUAAAGUCUGAAUCAAAUUGUACAAUUCGUAAAAAGUCUAAUUUGUUAUAAAAUACACAAGUUUUAAAUUUGCAUUUAAAGGUUAGAACUUAUGUAUAUAUUUUGUAAUAAAGAUAAUUGUAAUUUUAAAGUAUUUAUAUAAAAUGACGACACAUUAUUCUUCGGUGGCUUGAAACUUUUAGAAAUCAUAAUUUCAAAGAACGGAUGAUGGUUCUAUUUAAAAAAAAAAAAUGAAAACAAUGGUUUUUAAUGUAUAAAAAUGCGAUACAAGGAAAUUUAGAUGAAAUUUUAAAGGAUUUUGAUGAAACUUUGUAGGCUUGAAAAACAGCCGAAAAUAAUACUUACGUAUUUCUUUCUAGCUGCGGCAACUCAAGUUUAAGGGGUGAAAUCACUCCCAAAAUUUGACCCCAAAAGUGCUAACUCGGAAAUAAUUAGAGAUAGAAAAAAAAUAUUUUGAGAAGAAAAUAUUUGAGUCGAUAAAAAAAUUUCAAAAAUGAUAGCAUGUUCUAUUCUAAACUCAACUAUAUACAUAUAUGUAUAGUAUCUUUAACAGUUAAGACAAAAAUUCCAUUUAUUAUGCCGGCCACUCGUGGUACUCGUAUCAAAGCCAACGAGGUUUAUAAAUUGCUAGUAUCGUCCUUCCUUGA